GUCCCGCUCGGCGGCGGUGCCGCCGGUGACAGCGCGGCCAUGCUGCGCAACGGGGCGGCGGGGGGCGGCGCGGCGGCACAGCGGCCCGUGCGCGUCUGGUGCGACGGCUGCUAUGACAUGGUGCACUACGGCCACUCCAACCAGCUGCGCCAGGCGCGGGCCAUGGGCGAUUAUCUGAUCGUGGGAGUGCACACGGACGAGGAGAUCGCCAAACAUAAGGGCCCCCCCGUCUUCACGCAGGAGGAGAGGUACAAGAUGGUGCAAGCCAUCAAGUGGGUGGAUGAGAUUGCGCCUGGGGCUCCUUAUGUCACCACACUGGAAACCUUGGACAAAUAUAACUGCGAUUUCUGUGUGCAUGGUGAUGACAUCACCUUAACGAUAGAUGGCAAGGACACCUAUGAGGAAGUGAAGACAGCCGGGCGAUACAGGGAAUGCAAACGCACUCAAGGUGUGUCCACUACCGACCUCGUUGGCCGCAUGCUGCUCAUGACUAAGGCUCACCACAGCAACAUAGAUGAGGACCUAGACUAUCGGAAGCACACUGACAACUUUGGGAAGGGACCAAAAGGUCACAGUCCUUGGACCGGUGUCUCGCAGUUCCUGCAGACAUCUCAGAAGAUCAUCCAGUUUGCGUCAGGGAAGGAACCACAGCCAGGAGACACUAUCAUCUAUGUGGCUGGAGCCUUUGACCUGUUCCAUAUUGGGCAUGUAGAUUUCCUGGAGAAGGUUCACCAGCUGGCAGAGAGACCCUACAUCAUUGCUGGGCUGCACUUCGACCAGGAAGUAAAUCGUUACAAAGGGAAGAAUUAUCCCAUCAUGAACAUCCACGAGAGAACACUCAGUGUCUUGGCCUGCAGGUAUGUCUCAGAAGUGGUGAUUGGAGCCCCCUAUGCUGUCACUGCUGAUCUGCUGGAUCACUUCAAGGUAACUCUUGUGUGUCAUGGGAUGACUGAGGUGGUUCCAGACAAGGAUGGUUCUGAUCCAUAUGAGGAACCGAAGAGACGUGGCAUUUUCCAGCUCGUGGACAGUGGCAGCAAUCUCACCACAGAUUUAAUUGUGCAGAGAAUCAUCAAGAACAGGCUGGAGUUUGAAGCCAGGAACCAGAAGAAGGAAGCCAAAGAGCUGGCAGUAUUGGAGGCCAUGAAGAGACUGGAGGAGGAGAAGCAUUAGACCAGCAGGGAGCUGAUGCGUUGCUCACAGAACGCCGCAGCGUCACCUUCUGGAGGAGCAGGGAGCUCUUCUGGGAAGGACUGAGCGAGGGCAGCACUGCCGGUGUGCUCAGGAUGUGCUGCCCUGCCCUGUCCUGCACUAAUUAUGCAGACGUAAUGAGUUGGGAUCUUGUUGCCUAGUUCUUCCUCUGUUAAUCAGCCACUGUUCCCUUUUCCAGGAGAAGAUUUGAGAAAAGGAAAAAAAAAAAAGAAAUAAUGUUUUUAAUUAUAACUAACGUUUUAACAUGUUGAUGUGCUUUUACUUUCUGCCAUUUCUGGCUUUUAGAAGAUUGGAAAUGGAGCAGCUGCUCAGGCCCCUCCUGCCCCCAUCCACGUUCUGCUGUCCUGAUCAGAGUCUGCAUUUCGGAGCAGCCCUUCGGGCAGUGGUGCAGACUGGAGGGGGAACGCACACAGCCCAGCAGUUCUGUGAGCUUUGGGCUGGGGAGGCCAGGCCCGUCGCUGUGCCUCCUGCUGGUGGUGCUUCUUGGCUGCUGCCUCUACACAAACUCCAGACCCAAACUGCUGCUGGUUUAACUAGAUAAAGCCUUUCUCCAGCUGUGCCCGGUGCCGGUGAAUCAUUUACUUCACAGUGACAGGCAGCAGCUUGGCAUCUGCUGGGGGGGCACAGAGAGCCUCUCAGGCCUGAUGUUCUCCCUGGUGAGUUGAGGAAUUUCUCUUGCACAAGGCUGGAGCAUGCAGGGGGGGCUCUUACCAACAGCUUCUCCUGCCAUGAGAUGAGCAGGACUCAGUGCUCCCCAUGGGCUGUGCCUGGGGCUGUGCUUGCUGCUGCUGCCGGAGCGCACCUUGUGCCUGACAGAUGUUACUGAGACGAGUGACCCUGUGGGCUGGAAUUCUACUGCUAUUUUGUGAGGGUUGAAGUGCAGCACGUUUACCUCCUGCGGGGCUCUGCAGGGCCUGAGGAGGUCUGCGAAGAGCUGGGUGCUGGGCUGAGCCCUUCUCUGCCUCGUACAUUCCAGGGUGCUGUGCUCGGCCUUUCCCUGCACUGUGCUGUACCAUCCCCUCCAUGCCCAUUCUUUUGUCCUCUGUUGUAAACUUCUGUUGCUGAUCAUUAAUAAAAGAGUUGAAGAGUU